CCGGUAGAUAAAGACAAAAACAGACAGAGAAGCAGCCCAGCGGUGAGAAGAGGACGGGCCGUCGACGAGGUGAGGGGAUUUAGUCUGAGAAAGGUGGACAGCUCUCGUUAAACACAGAGGAAGAGUGAAGACACCUGCACACACACAGACAGACAGACAGACAGACAGACAGACAGGAGGACAGUGACACCGAGCCAUGGUGAAGAUCAGUUUCCAGUCUGUCGUGGGACAGAAAGUGGAGAAGGAGAAUGAUGGCGACAAAACCGAAAUUCUCAUCCCUCAUCCGAUGGAGGAGGAGGAGCUGGUCCUGCCACUGAGGCCCAAAAAGUCUCCCCUCAAUGGCCUUUGCUGCCUGACGUUUGGCCUGGUUGUGUUCAUGGCCGGUCUGGUCCUGGCCUCCAUUUAUGUCUACCGCUACUACUUCAUACCUCAUAUCCCGGAGGAGAACCUGUUCCACUGCAGGGUGCUCUAUGAAGACUCUGUGUAUGCCCCGCUGCGUGGGCGUCAGGAGCUGGAGGAAAAUGUCGGCAUCUACUUGGCUGACAACUACGAGAAGAUCACUGUGCCCGUGCCUCACUUUGGAGGCAGCGACCCCGCUGAUAUAAUCCACGACUUCCACAGAGGACUGACUGCGUACCAUGACAUUGCCCUGGACAAGUGCUACGUCAUUGAGCUCAACACCACCAUCGUGAUGCCUCCACGCAACCUCUGGGAGCUUCUUAUUAACGUGAAGAAGGGAACAUACUUGCCUCAGACCUACAUCAUCCAUGAAGAGAUGGUGGUGACUGGAAAAGUGCACAACAUGCGUCAGCUGGGACCCUUCAUCUACCGCCUGUGCAACGGAAAGGACACGUACCGUCUGAACCGUCGUGUCACCCACAGACGCAUCAACAAGCGUGAUGCAAAGGACUGCCACCACAUCCGUCACUUUGAGAAUACAUUCGUGGUGGACACGGUUAUCUGCGAUGAAGCGUAAACACGACAGUCAUUCGUGUCAUCCCACCCACCCAAAGGCACGUCUCCAGUCACCGCCCCAGCCAGUGUAGCAUCCUCCUGUGGAUCUGAUAACGUCUGAGUUGCACUUUACUUGUAAUUUUUUUGGUUUUAUGUCCUUUGUAGAAGGUGGUUUUUAAUUCCUGUUUCCGAUGUGUGAUGCAAUACUAAGCUAUUCUAUCAUGGGAUAUUCUUUGUAGCAAAAUCCUUUAGCCAAUAAUGAAUUAUAAUUUCAGGACCUCUCCUCUUCCUCUGGGGAUUUGUAAAAUGGUUAAUGUCGUUGGGGGAGAUGACUGUCUCCAUGCGUUGUCAAGAUGACUGUAUGGUUUUUUUUCCCCUCCUACCCUGGAGGAUACUUUGGGUCUCUUAGUUCUACUAACAGUCAUCUGUGCAAAGCAUGAAGCUUCACUUUCCUGAACAAACAUUCAUAGAUUUCAAUAAUUACCUUAUUUCUCAUAUUCUUUGUAAUGUAAACAUGUAACUGCUGAUAACUAGUUGCUUGCAUCUUUAACCUCUUGCUUGCCUGUUGCUUCCUCGCUGCCCUCUCUCCUCAUCGUCUCACUGUAGAAUUUAAAACAAGGUUGCAUUGAGCAUUAUACUGCUGAUCACUUUUUUGUAUAAUAUUCCAUCAUAAUUGAAACCGGUGACCAUAUUUAUUUCGAUGCUGUCAUUCGUCUUGAGCUUUUCUUUUUUAUUGCCAUAGUUUUUUUCUUCAUUGAUGCCUUUGUGAAACCUUUUUAAAAUGAAGUCCUCGUUUCCCCUUGCAUGUGUCAUCUAUAAGAGAAAAGCAGCAUUGUUUUGUAAAACAACGUUUAAAGCCUUAGUCCAGAGUCAGAGACUGGACUAAAGUCAAUACUACUGAAAGGGAGCAUAGUAUGUUAGUUAAACAAAACCGACUUUGAUCUGUAUAUUUUGUCCGCCGAUGAAAUCUGUCUGUGAAUAAAGUAGUAAAAAUAA